AUGGAGCAAUCUUUAACUUCACCUGCAAAAGUAAAAGCUAUUGUUGGAGGUGGUUGGGGAGAAGAAGCCAAGAGCGAAGUCCCCGCUCUUGGAGAUGAGCUCGUCAUCGUGGUGCUGGUCGGCACGCUCAUCUUCGUGCUUCUUUUCGCCGUGUUCUGCUACCGCUCGGACAACGGCGCGCGACCCGUACCCCAGUCCUACGCGGUGGUGCCAGACCACGUGAUGAGGCACGCCACCAUCGAGAGGUUCUUCGCGGAGAUGGCCAACGAGAAGCCCAUCCGGUUCACGCCGGGCCAGCUCCAAGGCUACACCAGCAACUACUCGUCCCGUCUUGGCGCCGGCGGGUUCGGCACGGUCUACAAGGGCGCGCUCCCCAACGGCCUCGCCGUCGCGGUCAAGGUGCUCCACGGCGACCACAACCAGCGGUCCGAGGAGCACUUCAUGGCGGAGAUGGGCACCAUCGGGAGGACGCACCACAUCAACCUCGUCAGGCUGUUCGGUUUCUGCUUCGACGCCUCCGUGCGCGCGCUGGUGUACGAGUUCAUGCAGCACGGCGCGCUCGACGCCUACCUCUUCAACCGCGCCGCCGGCGUGGGCUUGGCCACGGUGGCCGCGAUCACCACCGGCGUGGCACGGGGUCUGAGGUACCUCCACGAGGAGUGCCAUCAGAAGAUCAUCCACUACGACAUCAAGGGUGGUAACGUCCUCCUCGACAGAACCCUCACGCCCAAGGUGGCUGACUUCGGGCUCGCGCGACUGGUGGACCGGGCAGACACGCACGUCUCCAUGUCCGGCGUGCGCGGUACACCCGGCUAUGCGGCGCCGGAGCUGUGGAUGGGUUCUGGUGUGACGGAGAAGUGCGACGUCUACAGCUUCGGCAUGUUGCUGUUCGAGGCCGUCGGNNGGAGGAGGAACUUCGACGAGGCCGCGCCGGAGAGCCAGCAGUGGUUCCCUAAGCUGGCGUGGACCAGGUACGAGAGCGGCGAGCUGGUGGAGCUCGUGAUGCCGAGCAGCGGUGACGACCAUGGCGUGGAUGCUGUGGAUGAGCCGCAGCAACAGCUGUGCAAGGAGCUGGCGGAGAGGAUGUGCAAGGUAGCGUUCUGGUGCGUGCAACAGCAGCCGGGGGCGAGGCCGCCAAUGGGCGCUGUGGUGAAGAUGCUGGAGGGCGAGAUGGACAUUGCUCUGCCGCCGAACCCAUUCCGGCAUCUUAUGGACGACGUGCCGGUGGAUAAUCUUUGGACGACAAUGACGAGCAGCGUAAACACAGCAUCAGCGUCGGCGGAAGAUGGGAUUUCUCGCGGUAGCAACGAGAUCGUCUCGCUUUGA